ACUCAGGCGCAGUGAUUGGUCGAGAAUCAGGAUAGUUGGGAUUUAUAGCUUUGAUCAUACAGUACAGAAGAGAGUAUUAUAAUAGUGUAAUAGUUUAAUUGUAGACACCAUCCGGCUGGUAGUGAUACUACUAUUCAACACACAGCUGAAGCUUCCACUGCAGACUGUAACACUUGAAACAAAGAGGCGGCUGCUCUCUGGAGGAGGCUCAAGACACUGAGGAAGGAGGGAAUCUGAACACACACUCCACAUGGCAGAGCCAAACUUCCCCCCACUGCCGGGAUUCAUCCCACUCAAGCCGUGCUUCUACCAGGACUUUGAUGAGAUCCCUGAACAGCACCGCGGCAUGUGCAAGAAAAUGUACCACCUGUGGAUGUUGAAUAGUGCUACUCUUGCAGUAAAUCUCAUUGGCUGCUUUGUAUGGAUGUUUGGUGGAGGUGGCGUGACUAACUUUGGACUGGCUAUCAUCUGGCUCCUCAUGUUCACUCCCUGCUCAUAUGUCUGUUGGUUUAGGCCCAUCUACAAGGCCUUCAGGAGUGACAGCUCCUUUAACUUCAUGCAGUUCUUUUUUGUGUUCAUGGCCCAAGUUGGUAUCAGCAUCAUCCAAAGCAUUGGCAUCCCUGGAUGGGGAGUGUGUGGUUGGCUGGCUACCAUUUCCUUCUUCAGCUAUAAUAUUUUUAUUGCACUGGUUAUGUUGAUCCCUACUAUCAUGUUCACUGCAGUCGCCUCACUGUCUUUCAUUGCCCUCACCAAGAUCCAUAAUUCCUACCGUGGCACUGGAGGUAGCAUGUCCAAAGCUCAGGAGGAAUGGGCCACAGGAGCCUGGAAGAACCCUCAUGUCCAGCAGGCUGCCAUGGGGGCAGCUACUGGAGCCAUGGAGGCGCAGUACUCCAGCCCACAAUUUAAUGAGAACCAGAUGUAGCCUCUUCAAGACAGAGGUGUCGAAGAAAAUGUCGAGACACUUAUGCCAAAGUUUGAGCAACACAGUUAGGAAGAUUUGAUAAUUUCCCACAAUAUUGUUAAUUAUUCAGUUACACAAUGUCUCAGAAAUGACACACACACAUUUGAACAGUUUUUACAUUUUGGCCAAAUUCAUAUUAAGCAGAAUUGUCAGUUAUUUCAAGUUAUUUCAUCAUUUGGCAAACAAAUAGUUCUGAACAUCUGUGGUGGCUCUCCUGUAAUAAAGGGCAUUUUAAUAAUUCGUAGUGUUUUAUAUCAUUUCAUGUUUUUUUGUUCUGUGUGGGAGGUUGAAAUGAAACUAGUUUUGAAUGUGUAUUCCUUUAGUGGCUCUGUGAGAGCUGUGUACUAAUGUGCUCUUUGUGUUGACCUGUAGUUCAAGCAAUUUUUACAAAAGAAAGCAAAAAAUCUUCCUUUUUUUAAAUUGAUGUACAGUAACUUUAGUUGGGAUGAAGAUGAAAUUGUUUAAUAAUAUUUUGUGUCAUUUAUUUACAAAUAAACUAUUAGAAUCAUAUUUUUUCAGGAUGUAAAGUAACAUUAGUUUUUCUUUUAUUUGAAAUAAAAAGGCAAACCAAAGAUCAAAUGUAAUAAUAAAACUGUAUUUUAAAUUGUGCUACUUUAUGUGACCUCAGAAUAACUCAUACAUCACAUUUCUAUGCAGUUUAUUGUUGAUUGCACUGCACAAAUAAAGGAAUGUUGUAAUAAAAAUAAAGGAUGGCACUCUGUAUUACAAUAACAAACAGUAUUAUUGAAAGUCUACCUUACACUAAAAACAUCAGCUUUACAACACAGACAAAUUCGAUGAAAUAUGUAAUCCAUGUGUUGUCAUCUGUAGGUUAUUAUAAACAGUGACAGUUUAUACUGAAUGUCAAUUUAGUGUGUGCUCUUUUAUAAACUGUUACUGUAUAUUUAAUGCAGUGUUUAAAAAAACAACUUUUCUCCUGCUGUGUGGCUAUUUGACCACAGGGAGGCACUGAUGGUUUUAGUAUGAAAUAAAAAGCUCC